CCCAUUGGUUACCCGAGUCCAUCCGGGUACUGGGAGCGAGCUGGCCUAUGAGACUAACGCUACCAAUAUGGCGGAGGCUUCCCUUGGGAGUUCAAGCCCUGUUGGCUCUCUGUCCUCGGAGGAUCAUGACUUUGACCCGACAGCAGAGAUGCUGGUUCAUGAGUAUGAUGAUGAGCAGACUUUAGAAGAGGAAGAGGCGCAGGAAGGAGACAGGAAUUUCAGUGCCGAACUGGCGGAUCUGGAGAAGGAAGGGAAUAUGCCUCUGGAGGAACUGUUGGCUAUCUAUCGUUAUGAACCGUCAGUCAGCACGGCUGCAGGGUCGAGCAUGGACAGCUCCUCGGGUGAACUGGCUGAUGACCUUCCGGACAUGACCCUGGAUAAGGAAGAGAUAGCCAAGGAUCUGCUUUCAGGAGACUAUGAGGAAGAGACGCAGUCUUCGGCUGAUGAUCUGACCCCUUCUGUUACCUCCCAUGAAGCCACUGACUUCUUCCCAAGAACACUCAGAUCCAACACUACUUAUGACGGUGAUAAGGAGUCUGAGGGAGAGGAGGAUGCUCUUAGUCCAGAGGAUUCAAGGAAGGAAAUAAUGGUUGGAUCCCAGUACCAAGCAGAGGUUCCUGGGGGCCUGAGCUUCUACUCUGAUGACACGGUGUUUGAAGAGGAGGAUCAGUUGCUCUGGUGUCCUGACGUGUUGUCGGAGAGGAAGGUGGAGGACUACCUCAGAAAGGCGCUGUCUCACACUGCAGACAGUAGCAUAGAGAGCUCUACAUGUGGAGGACACAUACGAGACAAUGAACAGGCUUUGUACGAGCUUGUGAAAUGUAACUACAGUACAUCUGAGGCCCUAUCGCAAUACUGCAGUAAUCCGAAAUCCUCAAAAGAAGAAUCGCCACCAUGGUCUGAAGAAGAGUGUAGAAAUUUUGAGCAUGCGCUACAGAUUUAUGAAAAGAACUUCCAUCUAAUUCAGAAAAACAAGGUUCCAACGAGGACGGUGGCAGAGUGUGUAGCCUUUUAUUACAUGUGGAAAAAGUCUGAACGUUUUGACUAUUUUGUUCAGCAGAACCGGUUCGGGAAAAAGAAAUAUAGCAUUUACCCUGGUGUGACAGACCUGAUGGACCGGUUGGUGGACGAGGCAGAGGGUCUGGCAGUGGACGGCUCUUCUUCCAUGUGCUCAGGUGGAGCAGGAGGGAGGAUGGAGGUGUCUGCCGGACAGCAGCUCGGCCUUCUCAACACAAUCACUGCCAGUGACCUCACAGCUCUGAGUAACAGCGUGGCAUCCGUGUGCAGUCAGGCUGAUGUGAGCUGCUUAGACUCGUCUUACUUCCCCCCUCUGGAGACAUUCCACCGUGGAGCGCUGACUCACGAUGAAGCUACUCUGGGCUACGGAGCAAGUGGCGACGCCAGCUGCCUUGGUGUCCUCGACUCGGCUCUGUAUCGGUCGGAGCUCAGCGUGUGCAGCGGCAAGGAGUGCGAGCGUCCCUCCAAACGCCUCCGGAUGGGCCUUGCCGACUCGUUCAUCAACGACACACACCGCAUCACGGGAGCCAAGAUGGCCGUGUCGCUCACAGACUUCAGCAGCAUAGCGAGCGGAGAUGCAAGCGCUUUCAUCAGCUCACACUCACGCCAUCACCAACACACUGCACUGCAGUCUGACUGACCCAAACACACACACAUACACACACCUCCCAACCUGUACAGAUCCACCCACUGACUGAACCUUAGUUUCUUUUCUAAUUAUGUAUAAAUAUACUUUUUUUGUGUAAUAUGACAUCAGUGAUGUCUUUAUUGUACAGAGCUACGAAAUCUUGAUUUCUCAAGAGUUUAAAUAGCCAUUUAUUUUUCUGAUUCUUUAGAUAACGCUAUAUCAGCAUCAAUUUACAGUUCAACAUAAAUGCUGGAGGUAGAGAGCUGUGACCGUUGCUCUCUUAUCGUAUACCCAUCCCUGUAACUGAAGCCUUCAGUUUCACUUUCCCGUGAAAAAGAAUUGUUGCCAGAAAACUGCAUUGACUUCUUUUUGUUUUGUAUCUUGUCAUUUGUAAGUUUAUUUUUAUUCUACAUUGGUACUGUUUUUGAUGUUUACACAAGCUGAGCGACAGAGGUUCGGCAAAUGUAGCAUUUUGUAUAUCAGGAAACUUUUUUUUUUUUUUCCUCUUAAAAUUGGGGAUUUGCAGCGAAACCACAUAUCUAUUACAAUGAAGAGCACUUCUUAUGAGUUAGCAAAUUUUGGCUUCCAUGUUUCCUUUGUUUUUGUUUUUUUCUUUUUGUUUAUUUUACUUUUGCUCUGCGAAUGCAUGCCAUGUGUCCUGCCCGUGUUUUUACGAAGCGUCAGUGUGCCAUUGGAUGUUAAUGUUUUGUAUGAAGAGAAUUGCGUAUUUGUCCAGUUUGUUGUUAGCUGUGAUUGUUCUAGUUUGGCUGGUUGCAAGUGUAUUUAAGCUUUAAAAAAUUCACCCAUCAAUGUGCAACUUCACAUAUCAUCAGGGUUGUUUUGGUUUUUUUUUUUUUUUUUUUUUUUUUUACACAUGAACCGCUUGCUUGGAAGAAUGAGUGUUGAGGGUGCCAAUAUUAUUUCCUCUCCUAAGACUUCCAGGAAAAAGGCAGCUGACAAUUGGUACACCUUAUAACUAGGAUGUGUGUUGAACGAUGAGUGAGCAAAUCCACCCCUGCUGAUUUAUUCAGUCUGACUUGUUUAAUGAGUUUUGGCCCCUUUGGGAUUAGUAGAAGAAUGUGGAAGUGUCAUUUUGACUUCGACCUCUGUUGUGCCCUAAAAUGAAAAUUUAUAAACUCGACCCCCUCCCCAGGUUGGUGACAGUAUUAUAUUAUACAUUUUCUGUUGUGAAUAUGCUACGUCAGGUAGCCUCCAGCGAGCACGACAGCUUUGGGGUUUAACCUCGAGCUUAAAAGCUUAUGGAUUCUUACAGUACAGACACCAGUCUGCUAUUACGGGUCACUUGUGGUUUCUGUAAACCUAAUUAUAGUUGAUGCUUUGAAAGUUAGUGCGAUUAUUUCAGUUCUUCAGAAUCAGACAUGGCACCUGAUGUACUGAAGAUACUCAGAUGCUUUGUCUUAUUUGUUCAGCUUGCUGAGCUGUAAAAAAAGAUCCCUUUUCUGCCAUUCUUAUUCUGCCAUUUUUGUAUACUGUAUGCACUGAGCAGGUGGGGCUUGUAUCUCCAAACAAGUGCUUUUUUUUGUUCUGUGCAUCCAGAAUACAAAAUACUGUUGAAUACUUUUUGCCCUGAACACAUUUUAGAGAACGGCUGAUGCAAAAUAUAUAUAUAUAUAUAUAUAUAAAUAAGGUUCUUGUUUAUUAUGGCAAUAACAUGUAGAUAUGUACAGAUUGUUUAAUUGUUGUAUUUCUUCUAAUAUUCCUUAAAGAUAUUAUGCUCUUUUUUUUUUUUUUUAUUAAAUAAUAAUAAUGUUGCAGUAAGAAACAUGCCCAUCUUACACGAUAGAGGUGGCUAUUCUGCAAAUUACCACUAAAAUGUUUCAAGUGGGAGAUGUAUAGAGAUUUGCAUGGCACAUUCUCUUUAGUGACUUCUUUCGGGACGCCCCACUACAAGUGCAAGACGAUUCACCUCAGCUCAUAUGGGUGUGGAAAUGCAUUUCAUUCUUCUCAUCAAAUAAGCUGCUAUGGGUCAAUGUGAAAAACUGCACCUGAUGAGUACAGAAUCACAGAGCUGAGGGUUAAAAUGCACUGCUGCUGCUGUGUGUACGUCCAGGAGUCGUGCUGGAGUAGAAAUAUAGUCUUGCAGAUGUUUGGGAUUUUUCACAACACGAGAUGUACUAGAUAACUCGAGGCAAAGACAUUCCUAGUGAAGAGAUGUGGCUUUGGUUUUCUAUGUUUUACUAAGAGAUGCUUUGUGGAAAAACUUCCCUGCUGCCUCAAAUGCAAGCUUUCUCAGUGCAUCAACUCCAGAUUUUCUGCUGGAGUCUGAAUGUAAAAAAAAUUAUGAUGAUUAUUAUUAUUAUUUUUUUUUUUUAAACAAUGUUUCAAAGAUUUAGGAUGAGCGAGAUGUUGCUUCUCCCACUCACUGCAUGUGAAAGUGGUUCAGCUGAUCGUAUCAAUGUGUUUUAAUCCACUUUCCAGUUGGCAGUGUGUAGAAACAUCCUGUUUUUCAUAUUUGAAUAUCAGAAAGCUUAAUGUACAAGGUGUAUUGAGUUACACAUAUCCAUCCUUCCCAAAUUGCUUGGUAAAUAUUCUCAGUAGUUUUGGGUUUGUGUAUUUCACAUUAAUUUUGUUUGAAUUCAAACUGAAAAUGAGCUCCAAUACAUUCAUGGGAAAAACUUAUCAAAUAAAUUUUUAAAAAAGGGAAAACACAAUUGUGAAUAACAGCGACAUAUAACUAUAAAUGUUUAUCCAGAAAUAUAGACAAUCAUAACAUUUAAUAACUGAAUUACUCCAACAUAUUGUUUAACAUGUAAAUACAAUUAUAUUGCUUUUUUUUGCGCUUGUUUAGGCAUUAUUUUGUAUUUUUUUGUUGUACUUUAUUACUUGAUGUAAAACAUCCAGAAAUAAAGCUCUGGAAACAGUUGUGAGAGA